CACCAACCCCCUCCUGCCUCGUGCCGCCCUGGGUUCUGUUGAGUUAUCAGUUGGACAGAUCCCGCGGCAUCUUUUACGUCAUAGAAAAACUGUCAACGGUCUACCCGCGUCUUUGUCUCCUUUUUAAAGUUGUCUCUUUUUAUUUCUUUACUCUCCUGGACGCUGAUAUUGAGCUGUACGACCGCUGACACAGCCUGACUCCCCCCGGAUGACCGCGCUCUUUGUGAGGCUCUGAAGUGAAUGGCCCAGACGGACAGAGAUGAGCUGGGCUGAGGAGGACUGGACUGUGGGCCUCUCGGGGAGGGUCCUUCAAAAAGUAAAGGAGCUGCAGGUCCUUAAGGAUCGACUGUCCAGAGAGAACAAACAGAAACAGCUGCAGCUGGACAACACUCAUACCAGCCUUGAAAAACAAACAGCCAAGUAUGAGGAGGUCCGUGGGGAGCUGCAUUUUGUACAGAGAGAGCUCCAAAGUGUUCGGGAAGAUGCUAAGGCAGCUGUGACCAGCAAGGAGCGCUUGACACAGGAACUUCACACAAAGCAGGCCCAAGUAUGCUCUUUGGAGGGGCAGCUAGAUGCUGCUCGUAACCAUAACAACCAGCUGAGCCAAGAAAUCAAAAGGUUGGAAGCUGAGUUGGAAAAACUGCAGAACAGCAGCAGGCUCUCAGAUACCGCUCUGUUUUCCACACCCUGUUGGAGUGCAUCCUCACCCUGGGAACACAAUGGGAGCAGACAGGAAGAGAGAUCGGGGCAGCGGGAUGAAGGACAGAGACAUCAUAUCAGACAGCGGCUCCAGUUUUCAGACACCGGAACUUCUUCGCUGCCUCGACAGCAGACCAGUACACCGCUCCGCCACCCAUCUGAGCAGUCAGAUAUCUUUUCCACACCCUCGGCUGUGUUUCCAUGGGAACGAGAUGACAAUAGACCUGCAUCCAGGAGACGACCUGUGUCGUCCCCCCAGAUACCGAGCCCUGAGGUUGUGGCACAAGGUCUGGUGGAGCGGAGUUUCGAACAGAAGGUCCACAAGACGGAAACAGGCGUAUCUUCAUCAGAACUGCAGAGUCGUAUCUUGGCUCUGGAGGACCGGCUGUCUGAGAAGGUCGGGAAGCUGAAGUCCAUCCAGAGCGAAAUGGGCUUAAUGAAGAAGGAGCUCGCUGCCAAAGAGCUAAGCCUGCAGAAAACGCAGGAUGAGCUUAAUGCGGCACAGACACGGGGAAUCCAGGACAAAGAGCGGGUAUUAGAAGCAGAGCACAAACUGAAGCAGCUUCAAGAGGAGCUGAAGUGCCAGAGGCAAAAUGCAGAGAGCAGUCGGCUUCAGCACCAGCAGCGCACCAAGGAGUUAGAGAAAGUGCAUCAGAGGGAUUUAGCAGAGCUUCAGAAGGAGAGGCAGUGUCUUGAAAAACAGCAUCAGCAGGAGGUGAAUAAGCUCAAUCAGGAGCUCCAACAGGCCAGGACACUUCACAAUGCUCUGCAGGCUCAGGCUGACAAGCUGUCUCUGCAGAAGCAGGCGCUGGACAAAGAGCUGGAUGCUCUGAAGCAGAAGCUGAAGUGGACCGAGGAGCAGCUGAAGGAGAGCCAGAAGAAAGAGGCCCAGACACAGGCCAAGCUAACGGAAGCAGUGCGGGAGGCUGAGGGUGUGGCAGUGACUCUAGAGCAAAGCAGGAAGAGAGAACGAGCUCUGGAGGAGGAGGGGAGGAGGCUGCAGGAGGAGCAAGCUGACACCCUGCGUCUUCUCAAAGAACUGCAGGAACAAAAAGCCUCUGCAGCAUCUGCUCCUCAGCCUGCCCAUUUUGGUGCUAUUGGACAGUCGUUUUCCUCCCAGUCCUCGUACGCUCAGAGUUCUCGAGCUACAGCACAAAGCAGGAGGCCCGCAGCUUCCCAGUCGGAGCAGAAUAGGGAUGGGAGCAGGGCGGAGAUUACAGUGGCGUAUCCUUCCGGCAGAGAACCUGGGGAAGGAAUCGAUGCUGAGCAAAUCACUUUCAACAUUGCAAACUCUGAGGGUUUACAGAAACCAGGCCAAAGAGGAGAAGGUGAUAGAGAGGUAGAGAACAGAAGUAAUAUCCCCCUCAGUACAUCGGCAGACUUUGACAGAGCAAAAGAAGUUGAAAGCUCACCUGUGGCAGAAUGUCUGAUUUCAUCUAAAAGUAAACAGUGUCCUGAUUCCGAUCAGCGAGUUUCAUCUGUGGACCUCAAGAGGGAGAACGACCUCCUGCGCUCAGAUCUCCGCGAUGUCCGUGAAGAACUCCAGAAACGGUUGGAGGACCUGGAAGCUCAGCGUCGGGCAGAGACGGAAGCGAAGACCCGUCUCAAACAGCUCAGUCGCAAGCACUCUAACCUCGCAGCUGAGAGGGAUGAGAAAGAAAAAGACCUGAAGGCAAAGCUGGAAAAUGAGAAAGCUGAGACUGAAAGGCUGAAGAGGACCGUUGCUGCUUUGGAGGCAGAGAUGAAGAGAAGCAGAGAGAACAUGGAGAAAGAGAAGCAAGAAGAGGAGGAGAAGCCGACACAAAACGACAGAGAAAUCGAGCUGAUUGAACUAAACAUCCAGCUGAAAAAUCAGCUGUCAAUGGUGAAAGCUCAGCUGGCCUUAGAACGAGAGGAGCGCGAGAGAGAGGAAGAGGAGAGAAACCAAAUGAUAAACACUGAUGCAGAUGUAAACACAGAGCUGAGCCUGAAACUAGCAGAGAUCAUGGUUGAUGUUGAGGAGCUCAAGCACAGAAGAGAAGAAGACUCCACAGAGGACGGGAAACUCUCCACUGCCAGCAGCCCUCUGCCAUCUCUACAUGACUAUGAGCUCAGCUCCAACACCAUUUGCUCUACCGACAGUCUCCUCUCUUCACCAGAGGAACACCUCCUCUUCUGUGAGACCACCAACCAACGCAACACCCUCCUGUCCACGGAAAGUGCACACAUUCUCCACCUCAGUGAGGAGGCAACCCAAGACACCUCAGAUAGGACCAAAAUGUGUCCUUCAGCCCACCAAGGGGAUCAGACACAGGUGGUGGAGGCCCUGCAGAAAAAGUGUAUAAAGGAAUCUGAACGAGCUAAAAAAUUCAAAGAUAAAUUUGAGGCCCUGCAGAUUCAGGUAACCCGUCAAACCAAGGAGCUGACCACUGCCUUUGAGAAGCAGAGUCUGCACAUUGUAGGCCUCCUGGCUGAGCUGCAGGAGAAGGAGAGCACCCUCUUGAGGCAAGGGGAGGAACUUAUCCAAUGCAAGCAAGAGCUGAGUGUACUAAAGGAGCAAGAAAACAAGGCAGUGAAACAGACACUGUUAACUGAAGAGGGAGAAAAAGAUGAGAAGUUUACAGGGAAAUUGGAAGAGCAAGAGGAGGCUCCGACUCCUGUUCCUCCUUCAGACUUUAAAGUUCAAACUGAUGAAGUUCAGCCCAACAGUGAUGAAUGUGAUGCUCAAAUGGCUCCACCUGUUGGUAGUAAAGAGGAAAGUGCAGCAGUAACCUCUGGAACACAGCCUCAAACCUCUCCAGACAUGGGGAGACUAUGCGGGUCUGUCUGCGAGGUGGAGCAGGACCCGUCCAGUCAACAAGGAGAAAAAGUCGAAGUGUUUACAGAGCUGUUCGCUCUCAGGCAGGAAAACAAGCUGCUGCAGCAGAGAAUCCAGGAUUUGGCUAACAUGCACACCAGAGACCAAACAUCCCAGACUGACGGCGAGAAUCGAAACCAGACAGAACACCCAGGUCCUGCAUCCUGCUUGGCAGGGCAAGAUGUACUGGAGGUGAUAAAGGAGGCAGCGCCAGACAAGUUACUGGAAAUGGAUGUGAAGAAGACUGAUGAUGAAGCUCAGGAUUUAGAACGACACGAGAAGAGCAGCAUGAGUGAGGAAAGAAAUCCUGAGGAAAUGUCUAAUAUUCAGAUAAAACAUCUGCAAGAACAGCUGGAGGUGCUACAGAGGAGAGUCAGGACUCUGACCGAGGAAACCCAGACCCAGGCCCAGGAGCUCACUCUAUGGAGGCUAUCCUCCCAACCAGCCUCUGCAGUUCAGCAGCAGCUCACCAACACAGACGAUGAGGAUCUGUCACAGAUUCCUGUUUCCGGGCGUUCCCAGUCGGCUCAAAGCCUGGUUCAGAAGAAUCAGGACGUCCUCACCAUCAUCAGGGAGGAUGACUUAUCUCUCUGCUGCUCCUCUAACAAACUGCAGGGCCGCAUGCUGUUCUCCAGGCUUCAGAACGGCAGCCUUCCUGAACCAAAGAGCAUCCGCUCUUCUAAAAAGGCUCCGCAGGGAUACACACAGAACACAUCCAAGUUUGACCAGGAAUCAGAGAAAGAGAAUCAGGAAAUAAACCUGCAGCAGCCAGAAAGUUGUCCAGAACAAAACAAACUGAGUAAAGAUGCUGAAAUCAUCCAACUGUCACCACAGAAGAUUUCCCAAAACCACGCAGCCAAAGAUCUCCCCAGCUUCUCUGGAUCAAGUUCAACCAAGGUGGAAAACUGUUACAUGGGAGCAAAGGAGGCCAUGUUGAACUGUGGAACGGAUAAAACAGGCACCUCCACUAACUCUGAUAACAAUGAUGUAAGAGUCGAAGUUGUGAGUGUUGGGAGUCAAACUGAGAACAGUUUGCUUUCUAAAGCUUCUGCAGCCACUCAGACUGAGGAGGAUUUAGAUGCUGAGGAAAAAUCUGUGGAAUCUCCUCCUGCUUCAUCUGUUUGUUCAGCUGAGAAGGCCGAAACAGGCGACAAAAUGUUGCUCUCUAGCUCCUUUCCCAUCCCAGCUGAUCCGGCCCGACUUGCUGAAAGGAUCCGUCGCAACAGGACGCAGCUGUCAGCCGCCUUCGAUGAUACAGAGUACGAGCCAUACGGCCUGCCAGAAGUCGUCAUGAAGGGUUUUGCUGACAUCCCCUCCGGCCCUUCAUGCCCUUACAUAGUGAGAAGAGGUUUGUUAGGAACGGUCCAACCUCUGUCUGAGAAAGAACGCCAGGAGGACGAGGAGACGGACUAGAAGAGAGUAUCAGCUGAAGGAACUGAUCCCUUUGGGAGGAUUCACUGUGAACCCGAAUGAUGGAAGAUGGCCGUCCUCAGGGAGACCCUACAUCCCCCACAACACCCGUUUGACAAACUAAAAGAAGUUUCCUGCCUCUGUGCGUCAGCUUGCAGGUAACCGGGCCUGCACUGGCACGCUGAACGUCUCCACCAUGGUUCUGAAAUGCUUUAAUUUUCCCCUGUUCAGCCCCAAAUUGCCAUGCAGAGACUCUGGUUUAGGCCACAUCCACAUGUGUAACCAUCCAGUCAGAUAGGGAUUUAGUGAUUUUUUUUUUUUUUUUUUGCUGCUUCUGAAGCCACUUUUUCUAAGGGAUCGUUUUGUUUUUCUUUAACUCUGACUGAGCUCAUGCGUCACAAGGCCUCUGCCUUGCCUUCAAUUAAACAGCUCCUCCUGGAUGUAUUUCUGAACCAGCGCCUGUCAAGAUAAGUUGGACCUGCUUUCCUGAAGGCUUCAGCCAGAUUGGCCAGUUAUGAAAACAUAUUUCAAAUGUAUAUGUUUUUUUAGUUUAAUUUAUGGACAAUUGAAUGUGUUUUAUUGGUGAAGGGGGUGUUUACAGGAGUGUGUGAAAAAGCAUUAACUGUGAUUGUGAACAUGUGUGUCCUGAACUUGAUGUUACUGUUUGUAUAUAAGUGUGGCUGAGCACACGCCUAUGAGUCAGCGUAACCUGUGCCUCUUUCCGCUCCAUGUAUGGAGAUCCACUCUGGGCUCUUUCUCUCGGGGAAGCUGCUAGGCUUCCCAGUGUGACACUAACAAACACUAAAACACAGGUCUCUUUUAAAACUUAAAAAAAACAAACAACAACUCAUAAAACUGAUUGGUCUCAGUGAU